UGGGCGUGGUCGGAGGGCGCGGGCGAGGGCGGCUGCUGCGCCUGCAUGUGCCCGACGCCGCGCGGGUCGGCGGCCAAGCGCGGCGCGGACGGCAUGGUGGUGCCCGGCAGCGCUACUCUGGCGGCGUCGCGGCGGGCGCGCUUCUGGAACGCCCUCGCGCUCAAGGAGGACAACGCGCGCUUCCUGCUGCUGGCGCUGGUGCUGCUGCUGUACAUGGUGUUCGGCGCGCUGGUGUUCCAGCAGCUGGAGGAGGAGAACGAGGCGCGCGAGCGGGCGCGAUUCCACCGCGACUUCGACGCGACGCUGGCCAAGCUCGAGGACGAGGUGCGCGCCGGCAACGUGAGCCUCGCGCGCGUCGAGGACCUGCUGUACGUGUGGGGCAACAUGACGAGCGAGGGCCACACCAAGGGCGGCCGCCGGCGCUGGGACUUCGCCGGCAGCUUCCACUUCGUCUACACCGUCGUCUCCACCAUCGGUUACGGAGCAGCGUCACCGAGAACAACGGAAGGCAAAAUGUUCUCCAUAUUUUACGGUCUCAUUGGGUGUUCUUCAGGCAUUCUGUUCUUCAAUCUGUUCUUGGAGAGGAUCAUAACAUUGCUGGCGUUCAUUAUGAGAGCACGCCACGAGAGGAAGCAGCGACAGCGCGCGGCGGCGGCGGCGGCGGCGGCGGCGGCGGCGGCGGGGUCGGACGGCACGACGGAGAACAGCCAGGUUGGCAGACGCGGUUCGCAGGACUCGAUGGAGGACUCGAGCCUUGACGCGUGGAAGCCCUCCGUCUACUGGGUCAUGUUUUACCUCACCAUCGCCAGCGUUAUCGUCGCCUUCCUGGGGGCGGUGAUGUUCAUGGAGGUCGAGGAAUGGAAUUAUUCAGAUUCCCUUUAUUUCUGCUUCAUCUCUUUCGCUACCAUCGGCUUCGGAGAUUUUGUGUCCGCGCAGCAACCGAACGAUUUCUACGGCCCUGGGUUGCACGCCUAUCGCUUCUUCAACUUUGCAAUCCUGGUUGUGGGUUGCUGUUGCAUAUACUCCCUCUUCAACGUUAUCUCUAUUACCAUCAAACAAUUCCUUAACUGCAUCAUUAAGCGUUCCGUCACCUGCUGCUCCCGAGGCAACUGCACAAACGCACAGAGAAGAAAUACAGUGUCGCCUUCUCGCCUGCACAAACAUUCCAUAAAGAGGGUGGAAGGUGACAUUGACUCAGUCUACGGUUCUGAAACGGAGAGGAAGCUGUCGGGAGAAUUGGUGUCUAUGAGAGAAUAUAUAUCGACGAAUAAGGUUUCGCUCGCCGUCAUGCAGAAACAGCUGUACGAGACCGCCCAGCUGGGUCGUGGCCACGCCUCCUCGCCCCACCCACGCCCCGCCCACGACGAGCGGUUCACCCCCGGGCAGGUCGGACCUUUGGCCAUCGCCUCCUCCAAGCUGUGUGAUAGCAUGUCUUAGCCGAAGAGAAGGAGAAGAAGAAGGAGGAAGGAAAGGGGUGCGAAGGAAGGAAGAGGAUGAAGAGGGGUGUGGAUACAGGAAGAGGAUGAAGAGAAGGAG